CUGUUUUUUCAGUCCAGCCGAGUUUUUCUCCCAGUAAGUGGUCUCCCACUCAAGCAGCCGGCCACAUCUUGGACAAAUUCCUUCACAAAGCCCCUCGAUUUUUACAGGAUGACACUCGUUGACUACCCACUUCCACAGUUGGACACUACACUGCAAGAAGUGAGCCGUGUUCUCCAGCUUACUCUGAGUCCAGAUCUUUACCCCGAGUUCAAGAGCACCCUGGAAAAGCAGAGGAAUGCUCUUGAAGAGGCCCAAAAAAAAAUAGAGGCCCUUGCAGCAGGCCAAGAGAACUGGGUGACUCGGCAGUUCAAGAAAGGUUUGUUGUCUUGUGCUGAUCCCCUGCCUACUUCAACGGCCCUGCCGGUUGUUCUUCUCCCAUCUAAAGCAAAGGGAUGCUCUCAGCUUGCAAGGGCAGCUGCUCUGCUCUGGGCAGCAGCAAAGUUGUACAGCGAACCCCUCCUAUUGGAGGGUGAUGUUCCUCUGGAGGACACUCAGCAGUCUGAAGUGUUUGCUGCCAGCCGUAUUCCUGGCAAAAGCCAAGAUGAAAUUAAGGUCUACCCAGAUAGCCUCCAUGCAAUCAUCACCUGCGCAGGUGGAGCAUUUCCUGUUGAUAUACUGUGGCGUCCCAGCACUGGUGGACAAGUUUCUGCACGGUCCUUUCUGGACAUCUACAAACAACUGGCUCAGGUGAUGGAUCUGCCCAGAGCUGGGAAACAAAAUGAUCCCUCUGUCGUUUGCAGCCUGUCAACUCUGGAGCGCAAAUCCUGGGCUGCUCUCAGGGAAGAGAUUCUCAAGCAAGAAGGAGAUGGGCAUAAAUCACUUGAGCUCAUGGAGAGUGCCAUCCUUAUACUCUGCCUAGAGGACAGCAACGCACCCACUGAAAUGGCUGAUAUCCUCAAUGCAGUUAGACUAGGAGGAGGAGGAGACUCUCCACGUCUGAGAUAUUAUGAUAAGGUCCUGAACCUUGUUGUGUUUAAGGACAGCACAGCUGGGAUGGUGUUCGAGCACAGUGCAGUGGAUGGAAUGGUAGCCUCUCUUGUGACUGAACGUGUGUACCAUCUGUCUGAGACUGUUGACAUAAAUCUUGUCAAUAAUGACUUAGGAAAAAUGGUCAAACCUGAUACACUAAAUACUGUUCAUUCUGCAUGUCCAAAAGGCUUAACCUUCCCUUUUGAAGGGAUAACUAAGCUCCAACAGAACCCUGUACUGACAGCGGACAAUCUAGUCCUAACGUUUGAUCUCCCCUCUUAUCCUGAUGUAUUUUCUACACUGAGAGGGCAAAGGGGCCUAUAUGAUGCUUGGGUCAACUUCUCCUUGCAACUCUCCCUUUGGCAGACUCUUGGAGAGUCUGCAUCUAAACACAUGCUUGUCACACCUACACAUAUGCGGCACUACAAACAUGGUCGUUGUGAUCCUACUUACUCACUCACAGUGCAUUCCCGCAAGUUAGUUAAUACCUUGGCCUCUCACAUUAGUCCCGAUAACACCAUCCGCUACUCAAAUGACUUACUUCAGCUGUUCCAUUUAGCAUUUUUGGAGCACAAAAACCUAAUCAGAAACACCAAAACUGGCCAAGGUGUUGGUCCCCACCUGGCUGCUCUGCGUCGGUCCCUACCACCUGAUAAUCCACUGAGGAAAUUCCUAAAUCCUUUUGGAUGUCCAUCUGUAUACCUCACAGGUUCAGAUAUGAUGGAGGGUGUUGAGUGUGGAGUAGGUAAUGUUUAUGCUCAAGACCAACUUGCUGUAACCUACCUUGGGAAGAAAGACAAAGUGAGACUUGUGCUCAAUGGAAAGGGGUCUUUUGCUGUUGCUCUGAAGAGGCUUCAAGAAAACCUCAAGUUGAACUUGAAAUUGAUGAUGCUUUUAGCUGUCAGGUAUGCCAUCACCAGCCAAAUGGGAGCAUUGGAUUCUCUGUUCAAACAGCAGCAAACAGAGCAGAUGCUUCAGUGCCCAGAGAAUCUAGACAAGGGUAAAGGUGCUCCUGACUCAGGAUCUGGCAAGAGCUCUGACUACAUUCUUGUGAUUCAUGGUGGUGCUGGGGAGGAUAUUAAGCUGAAUACAAAAGUGACAGAGAUGAUUGAGUUUGCACUAGAAACAGCCUUAGCCCUUGGGGCCCAAAUUCUUGAACAGGGUGGGAGUAGUCUGGAUGCUGUUCAGAGAUCUGUGGAGGCUUUGGAAGACUGCUUUCUAUUUAAUGCAGGUAGAGGUUCUGUUUUUAACAAAGAUGGCAAAAAUGAAAUGGAAGCGACCAUUGUAGAUGGAAGUAGAAUGACAUCAGGAUCUGUUGCAUGUUUGAAAACUGUAAAAAACCCUAUCAAAGCAGCCAGAUGUGUGAUGGAGAAGAGUUCGCAUUCACUGAUUGUUGGAGAGGGAGCUGAAGAGUUUCUGCAAGGGAUGGGGGACAAAACAAAGCCAGUUGGACAAGAUUAUUUUUACACUGAUACGCGUUACAAAGAGUUAAUGGCAAAACUCAGUGAUGGAAAUACCUCAAAAAACAAUCACCCUCAAACUGUUGGAGCUGUGGCCUUAGAUCGUUUGAACACAUUAGCAGCUGCAACCUCCACAGGUGGGUUGGUUGGAAAACUGAAAGGACGAGUAGGGGACACUGCAAUAGUAGGAGCAGGAAUAUAUGCAGAUGACAAGGUAGCAAUUACAUGUUCUGGAGAUGGAGAUGUCUUUUUAAGGACCAGUGUAGCAGAGAAAAUUGCCAGUCUAUACCACAACAAAGGCUAUGGCCUUAGACAGGCCUGCAGGGAAGUGAUAUCCCAAAAUCUGAAAGAUGUGUCUGCUGGUAUCAUUGCUGUAGACAAAAAGGGUGAUGCUGUCAUUGAAACAAAUGCUGGGGUGAUGUUUGUGGCCUCAAUGAAUGGAGGCAUUUCAAGAGUAGAAGUUCUAAGGCCUAUUAAGAGUUUCACCAAUGUGAUCUGGGAAACGGAUGAGCUGGUUGCCUACCUGAACCCCAACCCUUGGACCCCCGGGUCAGUCAUUAUCACUAGGAAGACUCUAAGUGGGCCUACUAGCAUCUUUCAGUUGCCAACACCUGAUUUCGUUGCCAUGCUACAAGCUGCAAAAACUGUAUCAAACUUGUUAUGUGAGCGACUAGGAGUACAACGCUGUGCUUUGAUUUUUUAUCCAAAUCCUUCUAAACCUGCACAGAUUAAACUACUCCCACUCUAUGGGUUACAGCCAAAGUGGCAGCCCCAUCUUGCAGAAGAGGAGGAGUUUUACAGUCAUGACACUGGUUUCUGUAACUCAAAAAGUGGCCCACGUUGGAAUGAUGAGGCACUGAACCAAGUUCAGGCCAAGAUCAGAAGUGCACUGCCUACACCAAAUGCACCAUUUUGCUUUGACUACUUUGGUGACCCUUCCACUGAUAAUCUGUUUAGCCGUAUUAUACAAGGAGAGCAGCAACAGUGGAGAGUGUGGGAAGACAGUGAGCACGUGGCCUUUCUGACACCAUAUCCAAAUAGGCCUGGUCUAACUGUGGUGGUGCCACGCAGGCCCCUGUCUAGUGACAUCUUCAGACUGAACAAUCUUCAAUACAAUGCUCUGAUCUUUGCAACAUAUAAAGUGGCCAAACUGUUACAGGAAGGUAUGAAGGCUCCAAGUGUUGCACUGAUCUUUGAAGGGUUCGAGAUCGAUCAUGCCCAUGUCAAACUGGUCCCUCUGUUACCUCCACCAGAUGGGACAAAAGCUGAAGAGCUGCAACCAGAAUUCUUCCAAACCUACCCAGGAUUUGUAUCCUCCUUGGAUGGCCCCAUGGCUGAUGCUGAGUCUCUCAAAGACAUCCACUUAAAAAUCACCCGAUGCACACCUCCUCAUUCAUGGAAAGAUCCUCAGGUUCAUUCCACGCUGGCCAUAAAUAGCCAGUGGUACCGAAACCUGUUCCAAAUUCAAAACACUUUGUUCCACAGCACAGUGGAGUAUUUUCACAAUUCCUGCCAGUUCUCCUACGCUUUGACCCCUCUCACCACAGACACCAUAUCUUCACCAAUGGGCCUAGGAUCUGACUCAGAGCCAGUGUCUGUCAGCCUGCUUGGGCAAGAUGUGUACCUGGCUGAUUCAAUGCAGUUUGUCCUUGAAUACUUCCUUCGCUUUCAGGAGAACCUUGCUGGAGCCUACUACAUAUCUCCUAGCUUUAGAGGGGAAGAUCCAGAUGCAACACACUUGAAUCAGUUCUACCAUGUCGAGUGCGAAUUAUUGGGGGACAUGAACAAGGCCAUUUCCAUUGCAGAGGGAUACUUGGUUCAUGUUACCAAGUGUAUGUUAAAACAUCACUCAGACAUGAUCCAGAACUCAGCUGGAACCCUGACACAUGUAACAGAAUUCCUGAGCAAAAUGGAAGGAGAAAAUACUCUGCCAAGAAUCCCUCUGGAUCGAGCCAUUUCCAUGAUGCAUUCUGCAGACUGCUUAGAGUGGGUGCAAGAUGGCCAGCCCCACUUUGGUAGGAAGUUAACUCGCAAAGGGGAGCGUGUCUUGAUUGAGAAAUUUGGUGGUGCUGUAUGGCUUACUGAAAUGGACCACCUGGGAGUUCCUUUCUACCAGGCAUAUGUGGAGGGCACGGGUCGGUGCAAAGCCAAAGCAGCUGAUCUCUUGCUGGGGCUGGGUGAGACCAUUGGUCUUGGUGAACGCCAUUCCACCCCAGAGAUGGUAAGAGAAGCCUUGAAGCACCAUGCAGUAGCAGAAGAGUCCUACAAGUGGUACAUCACAAUGCGCAAAGUGAUGCCACUCCUCACCAGUGGAUGGGGCAUGGGGACGGAGCGCUACCUGUGUUGGUUGCUUCAACAUGAUGAUGUUAGAGAUCUCCAUAUCAUACCAAGGAUGAAAGGAAUAAAAUACAUGCCAUGAUCUUACAACUGCUGAUAUGUAGGGCAAUAGAUGUAAUAUAUUUAUGGUAGCCGGGCUAAACAAAACCAUUAAUUGGGGAUUUUGAGCUCACAAUUACAUCAGGGAUAAAAAAAAAAAUGUUAUCUAUGAUCAUAAUUUCUAUUUUCUUUAUGUUUCUCACCUUCUAAUGACACACUGUAGUCUAUUCUCCUGAUUACUGAAGCCCUCAAAUAUUUCUAGAAUUAAAUAUUACACUGAAUAAAACUUUUUAAAAGUACC